AUGGUGGACAAAGGGAUAAAAUCUUACAACGAGUUCUUCGACCAAGAAGACGGUAAGGGGGUCGGAUCGCGCAUCUUGUCCACCCCGGACUUCGUGAACAAGUUUUACUCCCUCAUCACCGACUUUUACGAGUACGGUUGGGGCGAAAGCUUCCACUUCGCCGCACGCGAAAAGGGGGAGAGCUUUGAAGACUCCAUCAUUCGCCAGGAAGUCGCGAUCGCGGAGAACAUUGGUUUGAAGGCGGGGAUGAACGUGUUGGACCUUGGCUGCGGCGUUGGGGGUCCGAUGCGCAACAUCGUCAAGGCCACGGGCGGUAAGGUGACUGGUAUCACUAUCAAUGAGUACCAAGUUGGCCGCUGCAACACUUUGAACCAGCAGGCUGGCCUGGAAGAUUUGACGGAGAUCGUUCAAGGUAACUUCAUGGACCUCGCGAAGGUGUUCAAGGGUCGAUCCUUUGACGGCGCGUAUGCCAUUGAAGCCGCGUGCCACGCGUCGAACACCACUGCUUUGUACAAGCAAGUGUUCCAAGUCCUCAAACCGGGUGCCCUCUUUGCGUCCUACGAGUGGUUGCGCACCGAUCAAUACGACCCGAAUAAUAAGGUUCACGUCGACGUCGUCGAUGGCAUCGCUGAAGGUAACGCACUGCCGGAAGUGCGCACCAUCGAAGAUUGCGUUGAAGCCGCGAAGGCGGCGGGCUUCGACGUGCAGUUUACUUUUGAUCGCGCCACCCUUGGAGCCGUUCCGUGGCAACAAGCCAUGAAAUCUGCUCGCCGGGCGGCGUACUUGACGCACGUCCUCACCGGCGUGCUCGAGUUCAUCGGCUUCGCGCCCAAGGGGACGCAAGCCGUGCACACCAUGUUGUUGAAGGCUGCGGUCAACCUCGAGAAAGGCGGUGAUCUCGGCAUCUUCUCUCCGAUGUAUCUCAUCGUCAUGAAGAAGCCGCUGGCUGCGUAG